GUCAGCCAAGGCUACGCAUCUUCCAGGGGUCAGAAAUUGAGACUUUUAAUUAUAAACUAAACAUGUACAUAGACUCAUAGAUGGGUCCCAGAGAUGAGCGGGUACAGGGAUGGCUGCUUCUGGACAACUACCCUCCAACCUUUGCACUAACAGUCAUGUACCUGCUGAUCGUAUGAAUGGGGCCCAAGUACAUGAGACACAGACAGCCGGUGUCUUGCCGGGGUCUCCUCUUGGUCUACAAUCUGGGCCUUACCAUCUUGUCCUUCUAUAUGUUCUAUGAGAUGGUGUCUGCUGUGUGGCACGGGGAUGAUAACUUAUUUUACCAAGACACACACAGUGCAGGAGAAACCGAUACCAAGAUCAUAAAUGUGCUGUGGUGGUACUACUUCUCCAAGCUCAUAGAGUUGAUGGAUACCUUCUUCUACAUCCUACGGAAGAACAACCAUCAGACCACGUUCCUGCACAUCUACCACCAUGCUAGCAUGCUCAACAUCUGGUGGUUCGUCAUGAACUGGGUGCCCUGUGGUCACUCCUACUUUGGUGCCUCCCUGAACAGCUUCAUCCAUGUCCUGAUGUACUCUUACUAUGGGCUCUCUGCUGUUCCGGCCUUGCAGGCCUAUCUAUGGUGGAAGAAAUACAUCACACAAGUACAGCUGAUUCAGUUCUUUUUGACCAUGUCCCAGACGAUAUGUGCAGUCAUUUGGCCAUGUGAUUUCCCCAGAGGGUGGCUGUAUUUUCAGAUAUUCUAUGUCGUCACACUUAUUGCCCUUUUCUCAAACUUCUACAUUCAGACUUACAAGAAACACCUUGUUUCAUCAUCAGAAUGGCUCUGUUGCUUCGUUGAAAGGCCAUGUGAAUGGGGUGACACCCACGGAAACCAUUACACACAGGAAAUGUGGUGGGAACAAAGCUUUAAUCAACCUUGA